AUGUUAAAUGCAUUGUUCAAACGUCAUUCGGCACCAUUAGUAGUUUUUGUGCAACGUCCCAUGACGAUAAAAUCUGAUGCUGAUCUGAAUAUUCAAAUGAAAUUAUUCAACGACAAGAAACAGUUUAAAAAAACUCUUGAGUUAUUCGAUGAACACAAAGAAAAGUAUAUUGGAACAUUAUCCAGUUUCACCAUUACUCAAGCUUUAAAAGCGUGUGCACAAAUCGGUGAUCUUCAAAGUGGUUCAACUAUUCAUCGUCAUAUUUCGUCGCGUUUAAGCAAUGAUCAUUAUAUUUUGGCAUCAUUAAUUCAUCUUUAUAUGCAAUGUAGUGAUGUUGCUCGUGCAGAAUCAUUAUUCGGCAUGUCAAAAAAAAAAACGAAAGCAAUGUAUGGAGCAAUGAUGAAAGGUUAUGUAGAUAAUAAUCUACCUGAAAAAGCCAUCGAUCUGUUCAAUGAAAUUGAGUAUCCUGAUGAUGUUAAUAGGAUUAUUUUAUUUAAUGCUUGUGCUCAAUUGAAAACAAAAGAAGCAUUAGAUUUAGUGAAAAAAACCUCAAAGCAAAUUCCAAAAUCAUUUUAUUCAAAUCCACGCCUUUUGACUUCUUUAUUAGAUGCAUUAAUGAAAUGUGGAGAUGUAGCACAUGCCGAAUCAUUGUUUUAUAGUUCAAAGCAGAAAGUAUUACCAAUGUAUGGAGCGAUAAUGAAAGGUUACGUAGAAAAUGAUCUAGCUCAAAAAACAAUCGAACUUUUCAAUGAAUUAAAAAAUCCUACAGACGUGAAUAAAAUUCUUUUAAAUCAAAUGAAAUUGGAUGAUAUUCAAUCAAGUAUACCUAUUUAUUUGAGUUCUAUAAAAGCAGUAUCACAAAUAGGUGACUACUCCAAAGCUCAAUCAAUUUUUAAACAAAUUCCCGAUUCUUUACUUGUUGAAAGUAAAAUUCGAAGUGCAUUAAUCGAUCUGUGGGGAAAAGUUGGAUCUGUCGAUGAAGCGAAGCUAAUUUUUGAUAAGAUUCGCCAACCAAAUAUUAUCCAAUACACAGCCAUGGUUAAUUCUUAUGGUUUAAAUGGAAUGGGUAUGCAAGCAAUUGCACUUUUUCAUCAGAUACCACGAGAAUUUCUACAUGAAGCAACUUAUGUUUGUGCCCUGAAUGCAUGCUCCCAUUCAGGGCUUGUUGGUGAAGCUCGUCUCAUUUUUAAAAAUAUUGAAAUGAAAACAGUGAGAAUUUAUUCUACAAUGAUCGAUUGUCUUAGUCGUGCAUCGGCUUUUGAGCAAGCACAAGAAUUAAUUGAUGAAUAUGAACGUAAUCAUUCACCAGAGUCAACGAUGUAUAUGGCAUUGCUGUCAGGUGCUCGAAAUGCGAAGAAUGUUUAUUUAUCACAAAAUAUUUACGAUCGAAUGAAAAAGCUUUUUCUUGAAAAAAAGGAUCCAUUAAUUUCAGCUGCAGUUCUUCUUGCUAAUACUUAUGCGUCAUCCGGUGAAAUUGACAAAGCAUCAGAUAUUAGAUUGGAAAUUUACAAAUCAGGUACCAAGAAAAAAGUCGGUCUCACGUGGAUUACAGUCGAUGGACAACUCUAUACAUUUCGAGCUCAUGAUCGAUCCCAUCCUCGAUCAAAUGAAAUCUAUGCGGAAGGUGAAAAAAUAUCAAAUGAAAUCAUUAAAUAUCGUCAUCAAUAUGAUUGA